AUGGAGAAUGAUGUAGAAAUGAUCACCCUUCGUGAUAAAGGGAUUGUAACGCUGAUCGGAACAAGUGAGCGAGUCGCCCAGGGAGCUGUGACGGAGGAAGGCGCUGAGCAGGCUUUGCCUGAGGCCUUUGAAUCUUUGCUUCGCUUUGCUGAAAACCGCACAAGUGCCCUGUUUGAGACUGCUUACAGACCUGUGGCGAAAGAAGCAGCAGAGCCCAUUAAAGAGCUCUUCACGGACAUCUCUCUCUACAUUCUGGGUGCAGAGACUACAGUGGAAAGCGCAGUAUUGCGGUUCUUUGACAGUCUCUUUCCUCUGGUGUACAGCCGGCUAAUAAACCCAGGAAUUACAGAUUUAUCAGAGGACUACAUGGAGUGUCUGCGGCUUACAAGGCAAGACAUCAAUCCUUUUGGACGCUACUCUAAAAACAUGGUUACGGAGCUGUCAAAAUCUCUCUGGGCAAGUAGGAUGCUCAGCCAGGCCCUGAGUCUGGGCAUCGAAGUGAUAAAUACGACUGAACACGCAGCGCUCAGCAAGGAGUGCAGCAGAGCCCUGGUGAAGAUGCAGUACUGCCCGCACUGCCAGGGCCUGACGCUGAUCAGGCCCUGCGUGGGGUAUUGCCUGAACGUGAUGAGGGGCUGCUUGGCCAGCGUGUCGGAGCUGGACGCGCAGUGGAGGGAGUACAUCUCCACCCUGGAGUAUCUGACGAACGAGAUGGCAGCCUCACAUGAUCUGGAAGUUGCGCUGGCGGGGAUGAGGAACUCCGUCAACGAAGCCAUCCUGCACGCUCAGUUGAAUGGACCCCAGCUCUCUGCUACAGACAGCAAAGGGGGUUUUCUGUGUGAAAAUGAGAACUACGUGCCAGUGUGCGUUAUCCUCAGGCUUCGAGCCGUUUUAGUUGUCGGCAGG